AUGCCAGCCCAACAGAAGAAAGUCAUAUUUUGCAUAGCUGGGGUGUUAAGCUUUGCUUGUGCUCUAGGCAUUGCAGCAGCCAUCGGAACUCAGUUAUGGAUCAAAGGAACAAUACUGUGCAAAACUGGAGCUCUACUUGUCAACGCCUCAGGACCAGAACUGGAGAAGUUUAUUGGUGAAAUUCAGUAUGGGCUUUUCUACGGGGAGCGUGUUAGACAAUGUGGGCUAGGAGGGAGACCUUUUCGAUUUUCAUUUUUUCCAGAUUUGCUCAAAAUUAUCCCUGCAAGUAUCCAUGUAAGUGUCAUUCUCUUCUGUACAGUACUGAUAGUCUUUGCUCUGGUGGGAACAGGUUUCUUCAUGUACAAUGCAUUUGGCAAUCCCUAUGAAACUCUGCAUGGUCCAGUAGGGUUAUAUCUUUGGAGCUUCAUUUCAUGUUCUUGCAGUUGUCUCAUCAUGAUACUAUUUUCUUCAGAAGUGAAAAUUCACCACCUCUCUGAGAAAAUUGCAAAUUACAAAGAGGGAAGUUUCAUCUUUAAAACUCACAAUGAACAAUUUCAGGAUUCAUUCUGGAUCAUCCUGGUUUGCUCCUUGGUGCACUUCUUGAAUGUUGUGCUAAUACGGCUUGCUGGAUUUGAAUUUCCUUUUUCAAAAUCUAAAGAGUCAGACACAACAACUACUGGAGCAGUUGAUCUCAUGUACUAGCCUGAUGUCAAUUUUUAAUAACAUUUCAAGCAAAAAGGUUAAUCUCAGACACUUUCAACAGUGACCAAAUCUAUCUGGUUUUACAUCAUUAAUUUGAAAGACAUUAAAAUCAAGAAGAAAUCUAAAAUAAAUGUCAACACAGUAAAUACAAUAAAGGCAUAGUAUUCAUGGUCCUCAUUAGGACUAGAUCAACAUAUCCUUACUCCCAUCGCAUAGUACCUUAUCAUGACAGCGGUCCCAUUUGUUUCAAUGGGAUUAUGAAAGAAAUAAGAUAUAACAGUGAUCUGGGCCCUAUGUACUUUAAUAAAGGAGGAAAGCAAACAUUUCCACCAGCAGUACGGCAUUUGCCUAUAUCUGUAAAAGUAGUGGUGUAUUGGAAUGACUAUUACUAAUGUUUUAUGCAUCAAGACUGGACUAAGAAUUCCACUCCGGCCAACAAAUGAAAAGUGGUGAGUGCACCAGAAAGCGGCAAACACCAAAUGAAAGAAAACAGAAUGUAUUGUUGCAGCUUAAGUAACAAAUUUAGGGCCCAUACCUGCAAAACAAGGUGAUGAAUUCUCUCUCUCAAGUACAAUGACCAUGAGUAAUGUUCAAAACCAUGCUGGGGGGCAGGGGCGGUUAUUCCAAACAGAAGGGAGGAGGGGGGAGAAAUCUACAGAAUAUGUAACCGUCCAGUGGGAGUUGGGUAUUCAGCACCUCCCAGGCUUGCUGAGUACCUUGCACUAUUGAGUCCAUAAAAGAGAGACUUUCCUAUAACCUUAUCUAUUAUAUGCCUCCAUCCCUCCUAAAUUGCUCAGAAAAAAGGUCUCCUUCUGUCUCCUGUUUCCUCAUGUGUUGUCUGCUGCCCCCACUUAAAAAAAUAAAAGAGAGGUUAACCAGACAAAGGAUUUUUGCAAUACAAGAGUUUGAACAGCAGGAGAUUUUUUUUUAAUUAGUUAGUACAGAAGCUCCAUUUUUUUAAAAACUCAUUUGUUCUCAGUGGUGCAGGUAAACAACAUUAGAGGAAGAUAGCGGACAACUUAAACCCACACAUAUUUCACAGGUACCACAUCUACCAUGGUACUGACAAUCCCAGAAGACCAUAGAGGGAAGAAAUAGAAAGUAAAACCUGUUGCUUGGUUGGAGAAGGGGCCAAAUUAAUUAUUAUUUGAACACAUAUAGGAUGAAAUCCUGGCCCUACUGAGGUAAAUGGCAAAACUCCCACUGACUUCAACAGCACAAGGGUUUCACCCAUAGUAAGAGAUUCUCUGUCCUGAAGACUUUACUUUCUAAACAGAAGGAGAGUCAAAGGGUAGGAAGGGAAAUUGAGGCAUAGGGGGGAGGAGGGCAGUGACUUGCCCAAGAUAACAGAAACAAUCAGUGGCAGAGCAUGGAAUACAAUGCAGCUCUCCUACCCCAGUGUCCCAUCCAUUACAUCCCAUCGUCUCCUAAAGCAUAUCAUAUCAACUGGAAUUUGAAUGAGAUGUAAUGCACACUCUAGUAUGACACAACCAAGAAAUAUUUUUAAUAUGAACAAUCAGUAAGUGUACAGACACACUGUAAAUCAUUUGAAUAGGAUUGGUGAUGAGGAAAUACAGUAAAUGAAAAAAAGGAUGUUCUGUUCUGGUUGUUUUUGUGUGUCAUAAAGAUUAUCUACUUUAAAAUUUUUUGCAACAUCUUUGAAAUUUUAAUGUAAUGGAUCAAAAAUACAAAUAAUUUGUUUGUAUAUUUUUAAGACUUUGCAUGAAGUGGGCUCCAUAGCAGAUCCGACUGCAGGAGCAGGACCCAUAUUUGU